CGCCGCCGUCCUCUCAGCCGCCACCUCCUUCGUCUCGAUCCCUCCUCCGCCUUCGUCUCUUUGCACGUGCGAUCCUGACGGGUCGCAAGAUCAAGACUGCAAGAUGGUCCGUAACAUUGUCGUCCUCGGCGGUAACUCCCACCCCGAAUUGGUGGAGAGCAUCUGCGGUAUUCUCGGCCUGCCCGCCUGCAGCAGGAUCCUGACCAAGUUCUCCUCUGGCGAAAGUCGUUGCGAAAUUCAGGAUUCCGUGCGCGGAAAGGAUGUCUACAUUAUCCAGACUGGCUUCGGUGGCAAUGGCAGCAGGCUCAAUGACCAUUUCAUGGACCUCUGCAUCAUGAUCUCUGCCUGCAAGACUGGUUCUGCUCGCAGAGUCACCGCUGUCCUUCCCUUGUUCCCCUACUCGAGGCAACCCGACUUGCCCUACAACAAGGCCGGCGCUCCUUUGUACAAGGCGCCCACCCCCAACGGCGAGAAUGGAAAGAAUCAGUACACUUUCGACAGUGUCCCGCCCACCCCCGGUCCCGGCGUGCCCAAGACUUCUGGCCUUACCAACAGCUCCGACAUCGCCAACCAAAUGAUCAAGAACGCCCUGACGAAUGGUAGCUCUAAGGAGCAGUAUACUACCCAUGACUACGAGAAUCUCUCCAUCGUCAACGGUUUCCAGGCCAAGCCCGGUUACAAGCAGUGGGUUGCGCAGGCGGGUACCCUUGUGGCCAACCUUUUGACCUGCGCCGGCUGCGAUCAUGUCAUUACCAUGGAUCUCCACGACCCUCAAGUCCAAGGAUUCUUCGAUAUUCCUGUCGAUAACCUCUACGGACAACCGCUUCUUAAACGCUACAUCCAGCAGCACAUUCCUAACUGGAGGGAUGCCGUCAUUAUCAGCCCCGAUGCUGGUGGUGCCAAGCGCGCGACUGCCAUUGCGGAUAGCUUGGGUAUGGAGUUUGCCCUUAUUCACAAGGAGCGCCGCCCUACCAAGAUUACCGAUCGCCAGAAUGCCAGUAUGAUGCUCGUGGGCAACGUUACUGACCGCGUCUGCAUUCUGCUCGACGACAUUGCCGACACCGGCAACACUAUCACCAGAGCCGCCAAGCUCCUUAAGAAGGAGGGCGCCACCACAAUUUACGCCCUGUUGACUCACGGUGUCUUCAGCGGCGACGCUAUCAGCCGCGUCAAGGCCUCGGCGAUUGACAAGCUGGUCGUUACCAACUCUGUUCCCCAGGACGAGCACAAGAAGCAGCUUGGAUCCAAGCUCGACGUCUUGGACAUCUCUCCCAUCUUUGCCGAGGCGAUGCGGCGCGUCCACCACGGUGAAUCGAUCAGCGUGCUCUUCAACUACGAGUAAAACUGCAUAUAUAACCUUGAACAGACAUGAUCAGCAUUUUCUCGAUUAUUAUAUCCGGCGUUCUCGUU